AUGGAGCUGAGUGAGAAGGGAGGUGUGGAGAACAAUGGAUUUAUUCAAAAUGAGGCUUUGGAUGACAAGGAGACAGACGCGAGUAGCCAGGAAGAAAUGCCAAAACCGUGUGCUGUUGAUGUGGACCCAGGGGCUGUGGAAGAGGCAGUGCUGAAGCCUUAUGCUGGGAUGCCAAAGGAUGUCUUGCUGAAGUUCUCCAGCCAAGCCCGGUACAGAGUCACCAGGGAGAUUCUCUUCUGGCUCAUAAUUGCUGCUACUGUUGUGCUUGUGUGUGCUACAAUUACCAUCAUUGCUCUCUCUCCCAAGUGCCUUGACUGGUGGCAGGCUAGUCCUAUUUACCAGAUCUAUCCUCGUUCCUUCAGGGACAGCAACAUGGAUGGGAAUGGUGAUCUAAAAGGUAUCCAAGAAAAACUGGACCAUAUUACAUAUUUGAAUAUAAAAACCAUCUGGAUCACCUCUUUCUAUAAGUCCCCUUUAAAAGACCUUGGAUAUGGAGUUGAAGAUUUCUAUGAUAUUGAUCCCAUAUUUGGGUCAAUGAGUGAUUUUGAGAACUUACUUGCAGCCAUACAUGACAGAGGGCUAAAGGUGAUAAUGGAUUUAAUCCCAAACCACACAAGCGACAAACACCGAUGGUUUCAGCUGAGUCGAAAUCGAACAGGGAAGUACACAGACUACUACAUCUGGCAGGACUGUGUGCAGGCUGCUGGUUCAGUCAUCCCUCCAAACAACUGGGUGAGUGUCUUUGGGAAUUCCAGCUGGCAGUUUGAUGAUGUGAGAAAGCAAUGUUAUCUUCACCAGUUUGGGAAAGAACAGCCAGACUUAAAUUUUCGCAACUCUGCUGUGCAACAAGAAUUCCAUGAUAUUAUCAAAUUUUGGCUCAACAAAGGAGUUGAUGGAUUUAGUUUCAGCACUGUUAAAUUUCUCUUGGAAGCGACACAUCUCCGAGAUGAGCCUCAAGUGAACAAGUCUCAGAAUGGAGAGAGUAUCACAGCCUAUUCCCAGCUCUACCAUGACUACACAACCACACAAGUUGGUAUGCAUGACAUUGUCCGUAGCUUCCGGCACACCAUGAACCAGUUCAGCAGUGAACCUGGCAGAUACAGAUUUAUGGGUUCUGACGAUGAUGAGAAAGAAGACAUUGAAGCAACAAUGAUGUAUUAUGGAACAACUUUUAUCCAAGAAGCAGAUUUCCCCUUCAAUUUCAACCUAAUUAACAUGAAAAAUCUAUCGGGCAACAGUGUUUUUGAAGCUGUCAACUUGUGGAUGAAAAACAUGCCUGCAGGAAAAUGGCCAAACUGGGCAGUUGGAAGCCCUAAUGCUGCUCGGAUUUCAUCUCGCAUUGGCAAAGAGUAUGCCAAUGUUAUGAAUAUGCUGCUUUUAACCCUCCCUGGUACCCCUGUAACUUACUAUGGUGAAGAAAUAGGCAUGGAGAACAUUGCAUCAGAAGAUGUGACCUUUCCAGAGAAAUCCCCCAUGCAGUGGGAUGGCCAAGCUAAUGCUGGUUUUACUGAAGGCAACAGUAGCUGGUUGCCUGUUAACUCCAACUACCAAAGUGUAAAUGUGGAAGUCCAGAUGACCUGGUCCAACUCAACCCUGAAUUUGUACAGAGAGCUAACGUUCCUCCGCAACAAUGAGCUCCCCAUUAAUCGGGGGUGGAUGUGCUACAUCUGGAAUGACAGUAACGUGUUUGUGUAUGUGAGGGAGUUGGAUGGGUUAAACAGAGUCUUCAUGAUGGUUCUCAACUUCGGGCAGGAGUCGACAAUAGACCUGAAAGCCAUAGUUCCUAACCUUCCAUCUGAAGCUGUUGUAAGACUGAGUACUCAUUUUAGCAAUGCUGGUAAAGUUGUCAAUACCAAACUAAUUAAAACUGAAAUGGGAGAAGGCUUAGUUCUCGAAUAUAAAACAACAAAGCCUGUUCAUACUAUGGAAGCUUAUCAAGGAAAGUGUUUUGUGGCAGAAAAAGCUUGUUAUUCCAGUGCCUUCAAUUUACUCUAUGUGAACUGUUAAGUGCAGGAGUAGAAUAGUCAAACUCUUCAUGGUAAUUCAGAAGAUGUCAGUUUCAAGGAAUUGCUGAAAAUAUUCUGGUUUUUUGGCUUGUAGAACUUUCUGUGUACAAAAUAAACAUCCUGAAAA